CGCACACUGCAUCAGGAGAUACGAGAUUGCCGUCUCUUUACUCUCAAUUUAUUGUGUUUUAACAGAUGCAUUUUAAAGCUCUUUUGAUUUCUUAUUGCAUUUGAAAGGUCAACACAUGAGGAUUAAUUCGUUUAUGUACUUUGUUGGCUUUUAAAUGUUUUUUAUUAUUUUUUAUUUUAUUAAGACAUCCAGUCAACUAAAGUACUCAAGAUAUUUUUUAAAGCGAUCUCAACAAAUUGCAGUGUUUUGUUUGUGCGGGUAAAUGCGUGUUUGCAUUACUGGUCAAUCAAAUCCGACCAGACAGCGUUCAAAUAUUUUUAAGUUAAAAUAAUGAACCGAAACAUCAUGUCGAAGGAAAACUGUGAUCUUUCCAACUGCAUAGAGUUUAUUAAAGAUCAGCUGUAUUUUGCCGUUUUAAAUCAGAAGUUGAGGAGUUCUCCUGACAGACAUUGUUUCUGCAUUGAUGAUGAGCUCUCCUAUGAAAACUUCUAUGCCGACUUUGGACCGCUCAAUCUGGCAAUGUUUUAUCACUUCUGUUGUAAACUUAACAAGAAACUAAAGUCUUGUGCUCAUUCAAAAAAGAAGAUUGUGUUUUAUACUUGCGGUGACCGAAAGAAACAGGCUAAUGCUGCGUAUCUGAUUGGCUCAUAUGCUGUCAUGUUUCUAAAGAAAACACCAGAAGAAGCGUACAGUCUUCUGCUCUCACAAAAUGCAUCUUAUCUGCCUUUUCGCGAUGCAUCUUUUGGAACCUGCAUGUACAAUCUGAAUAUUCUUGACUGUCUGCGGGCCGUUCACAAGGCACUGGAGUUUGGCUGGCUGGAUUUCUCACAGUUUAAUGUGGAGGAAUAUGAACAUUAUGAAAGGGCAGAAAAUGGAGAUUUUAAUUGGAUCAUCCCAGGGAAGUUUUUGGCCUUCAGUGGUCCUCAUCCAAAGAGCAAAAUUGAGAAUGGAUAUCCUCUUCAUGCUCCUGAAGCGUAUUUUCCAUACUUCAGGAAGCACAACAUCACCACCAUCAUCCGUCUCAACAAGAAAAUGUAUGAUGCCAAGCGUUUCACAGACAUGGGCUUCAGUCACCAUGACCUGUUCUUCAUAGAUGGCAGCACACCCAAUGAUGUCAUCGUCUCAAAGUUCCUGAACGUCUGUGAGAAUGCAGAGGGAGCCAUUGCUGUUCACUGUAAAGCGGGUUUGGGCCGGACCGGAACCCUGAUCGCCUGUUAUAUGAUGAAACACUUCAGACUUACGGCGGCUGAAGCCAUGGCUUGGAUUCGGAUCUGCAGACCCGGUUCAGUCAUUGGACCUCAGCAGAACUUCAUUGAACAAAAGCAGUCCAGUCUCUGGGUGGAGGGCGAUCAGUACCGCCAGAAACUAAAUGAGCUGAAGAACGGCUCCGGUAGGACAGCAGUGUCUGGAAUCCUGUCAGGGGUUGAAGAUAUCUCCAUCAAUGGCACGAACAAGAACAUAUCACAGAAGAAGACCAAUGAAUCUCACACUGAGCAAGAGGAUGAAGACUAUGGUGGUCUAACACAAGGUGACAAACUCCGAGCUCUGAAGAGUAAGAGACAGUCCAGAGCAUCUACAGGUUCAUUAUCGUUGGAAGAAAAUACAAUUCACACCAAAUCAGCAAAGUCAUUAAGUUCAGAGAAAAAGAGAAGAACAAGAGGUUCACUUGGAUCCAGCAGAGCCAGCAGCCUCUUGUUACAGUCCAGACUUACAAAGUCUUUAGGCAGUUUGCACGUAAUGACCUGUGAAAAGGACCAUGUGUUUUCUCAGAUUAAAGCAGCUUCUAUCAUCAACAAUAAUAUCAUGAAGCAGUCAAACGUAAAACCCUUAAACCCAGUGAACAUUCGGCCACGUGCCAUCCAGAGGACUUCCUCUGCCGUUUCAAUGCAGCAGCUGUAUGGUCAGAGUUUAAGUUCCCUGACUUCAUAACUCCAUCUCCAAAGCUCGUGCUCCUCUCCUGCGCUGAAAACUGCUGUGGAUCAGUCAAGACCAGCGUCACCAAACUGCACUAAUAUUAAUCUCUUUGAGUACUUCUCAGUGUGCUUGUUUUGUCUUGAGCGCUUUACUAGGAACAACAUUCAGUUAAACUUUUAAAGACAGCAAAUGUCGAGCAUUUUUAUUUGACAAUGUUUUAUAAUCAGAAGCUAGAUAUGGCUAAAGCACCAGAAGUAUUGUAAAUAUCAUGUGUCAGCAUCCUGCCUCUGCUCUUAUGUUACUAAACCUUUAAAGAUGUUUUUAAUCUACAGUCAUGUGAUCUAAUGUGAACCUCUGUGUGUGAAACAUGACUGAAAGGGUUGUUUUUGUUUUUCUUACUGUAAAUAAUGCAUAUGCCUUUAUUUUGAAUUUAUAUCCUGAUUCACAUAUAUAAUAGGAAAGGAUGUAUAUCAUCAUCAUUUCAAUAAAUCCUUUCUGCCGUCA